UGUUAUCAAUUUCUCAGCCGCAAUAGCUGGCGUGUCUGGCAUCCUCCUGGGCACACUGGCUGGCCAGCUGGGCAACGUUUUCCAUGUAACAAACAGUGUGUCUGGCGCCAUCCUCGGCCCGUUGAACGGAGUUUUUCUUGCUGGCAUCUGUGCACCCUGGGUCAGCACUAAGGGGGCUGUGGCGGGUUUCGUCACGGCUUUCGUUUACAACAUGUGGCUGGUGAUUGGCAAGUUUGUACGUGGUGGAGGAUCUCCACCACGAUUACCCUUAUCCACCUCAGGAUGUCCGGAGAACCUGGCAAACAAUACUAACUCUACCCUCCUGACUCUGCUUACCAGCGCAUCAAGUAGCGCUCUGCUUCCCAACCUUACUACCACUCCUCAAUCAACACACAAGACCAUGUAUGAUACCUCGUACUGCUACAGCGGCGUCACUGGCGUCAUCAUCACUCUGGUCAUCAGCAGUUUAGUCUCCCUCGGCACAGGUCCCCUCAGCCCAAAAGCUCUAGACGACAACGUUGUCAAUCCAACUUGUGCACGAUUCUAUCACUGGUUGUGGCGGAGAUUCAAUAAGCGCGAUGAUGAUGAUGAUGAUGACUACACCACAACACUUAAAAUGUUACCCAAGAACACUGAUGAUGCGCCACUUGCUGUGCUACCCGACAAGAACACUGACGCUGCGAAACUUAUUGUGCUACCUGACUAGAACACUCACGCUGCAACACUUUCUAUGGUACUCAACCUCCAUCCACACGAAAUUAAUAAUAUUUUUAGUGGUGCUCACCACUAACUUGAGAGUUAUGGGAUUGUUUUAGGCAUCCACCAAUAAGUAAAUAAAGAAACGUAAGUA